CUUUUCAAUUCCACUACGAUUCUUUUCAUAGCGCCAUUGAGCGGAUUCCAGUUUAUGUUCCCACUUGUCGUGUUUUAUUUUGGUUGUGACGCGCUUUGUCUUUGAAGUUGCUAUCACUCUUGAAUAACUAGAUAUUUUGUCAUGUCUUCUCCCAGCAAACGUCGUGAGAUGGACCUCAUGAAGCUACUUAUGGCUGACUAUGAGCUUGAACUCUCCGAAGAAAACCAAGUGAGUGACUUUUAUGUCAAGUUUCAUGGUCCUCCGGAAACUGCCUAUGAGGGAGGUGUUUGGAAGGUUCAUGUACAGCUACCAGACGCCUACCCGUACAAGUCACCUUCCAUAGGUUUUGUGAAUAAGAUAUAUCACCCUAACGUGGAUGAAGCGUCAGGGUCUGUCUGUCUUGAUGUGAUAAACCAGACGUGGUCGCCUAUGUUCGACUUGGUCAAUAUUUUUGAAGUUUUCCUUCCUCAACUGUUAACCUAUCCCAACCCAACAGACCCUCUCAACGGAGAAGCCGCUGCACUUCAACUAAAGGACCCUGAAAAGUUUACUUCCAAGGUGAAAGAAUAUGUUCAGAAGUUUGCACUUCCUGAGCAUUUCCCUUCCUCAAAAGCCGAAGAUAGUUCUUCUGACAAUUCGUUGAGUGAAGACGAGGACAAUACAAGUGUUAGUGAGGAGGAAGAAGAAGAAGAAGAUGAUGAUGAAGGAAGUCACAACAAUAAUUCUUGUGAACAGGAACAGUCGUAACUAUUUUACACAGCGUUAUUUUGGACGGUCGUAUAUAUGUGUACAUAGAUGAAAAUAGCGGUAUU